AAUAUAAAUAAAUCGGCGUCACAAAGUAUAUUAUAUGAAGGCCUAGUCGCUCGCGGAGGCUCCUGCCAUCGUCGUGAGAAUUUCAGGAGAUUGAAGAUUCGAGCGCAAGCCUCUUCGUGUCGGAAUCGAAAUUAGGGUUUUGAUUUGUCUGUUCGUUUCAGAUCUGGUCACGGCUCCAAUUCUCUCCGUUUCGUACAGAAGAUCGAUCCGUCCGAAGAACGGUCCUUUUUGACUGAAUCUGAUUUUGUGGAUUGGAAUCUCAUUUGCGAGGAAUUACUUUAAUGUUUUGCUUUGAAUUCGAGUUUUCUCCUCCUUCUUUGUUCAAUAGAUCUUGAAAAUUGGCUCCUCAAAGGCGUUCUCAGCGCCACAUGGGUGGCCAGAUGCAGCAGAGCAAUGCUGCAGCAACCGCUCUAUACGAUCACCCCAGUGGAGGGUCCCUGCAUAAUGCGGGGCCCGCAAGUGACGCUGGUGAUGCGGUCAUGGCGCGGUGGCUUCAGUCUGCGGGGUUGCAGCAUCUGGCCUCUCCCUUGGCUUCAACUGGGAUUGAUCAUCGUCUCCUUCCCAAUCUCCUCAUGCAGGGUUAUGGAGCGCAAUCUGCUGAGGAGAAACAGAGGCUUUUCAAAUUAAUGAGAAAUCUCAAUUUCAACGGGGAAUCUGGUUCUGAGCCAUACACUCCAACUGCCCAGACUUCAGGUGGGAUGGGUGCAUCUGAUGGGUUUUAUUCUUCUGAAUUUAGGGGGGACUUUGGAGCUGGCCUUCUAGACCUUCAUGCUAUGGAUGAUACAGAGCUCCUGUCUGAGCAUGUUAUCUCUGAGCCCUUUGAGCCAUCACCUUUCAUGCCUGGUGGUACAAAAGUGCUUGACAAUGACUUCAAUGUGCUGCUGGGCAGGCAGCAAAGAGGGCAAACAGAUGCAGAUGCUUCAGUUGGAUUGCCUACAAACGACAAAGAGAUCAUUGCAAAGGAAAACAAUGUGGCCAAGAUAAAAGUUGUGGUACGUAAAAGACCUUUAAACAAGAAAGAGCUUUCCCGGAAGGAAGAGGACAUUGUGACUGUAUGCGACAAUGCUUAUUUAACUGUUCAUGAACCUAAACUAAAGGUGGACUUGACUGCAUAUGUGGAGAAGCAUGAAUUCUGUUUUGAUGCAGUGUUGGAUGAGCAUGUCACUAAUGAUGAGGUCUAUCGUGUUACUGUAGAGCCAAUUAUUCCUACUAUUUUUCAGAGAACAAAAGCUACAUGUUUUGCUUAUGGUCAGACAGGUAGUGGUAAGACAUUCACCAUGCAACCAUUACCCCUUAGGGCUUCUGAAGACCUUGUAAGGCUAUUGCAUCAGCCUAUGUACCGUAAUCAAAGAUUUAAAUUGUGGCUUAGUUACUUUGAGAUUUAUGGUGGAAAACUCUUUGAUCUUCUCAGUGAUAGAAAGAAGCUCUGUAUGAGAGAAGAUGGACGGCAGCAGGUUUGCAUCGUUGGACUGCAAGAAUUUGAAGUGUCAGAUGUACAAAUUGUUAAAGAAUUUAUUGAGAGGGGAAAUGCAGCAAGAAGUACAGGCUCCACUGGUGCCAAUGAAGAAUCUUCGAGGUCACAUGCUAUUUUACAACUUGCAAUUAAGAAGCACAAUGAGAUAAAAGACUCCAAGAGAAACAAUGAUGGGAAUGAGUCCAAAGGUGGAAAGGUUGUGGGGAAAAUUUCCUUUAUUGAUCUUGCAGGUAGUGAAAGAGGUGCUGAUACGGCUGAUAAUGAUCGGCAAGCACGGAUUGAGGGAGCAGAAAUUAACAAGAGUCUUUUGGCUCUUAAGGAGUGCAUUCGUGCUCUUGACAAUGACCAGAUCCAUAUUCCAUUUCGCGGCAGCAAACUCACGGAAGUCCUCCGUGACUCUUUUGUUGGCAACUCGAGGACCGUCAUGAUCUCUUGCAUUUCCCCAAAUGCUGGUUCAUGCGAACAUACACUCAAUACUUUGAGAUAUGCUGAUCGGGUAAAAAGUCUAUCCAAAAGUGGAAAUCCAAAAAAGGACCAGGUUGUAAAUUCACUAGCAGCUGCUACCAAGGAAUCUUCAUCAUCAUCAUCAUUGCCAGUUUCUGUUGACACAGAUGAUGUCUAUGAGCAGCACCAAGAAGUGAAGGUUACAGAUGCAGGUAGAAGGGUUAUUGAGAAAGAAAACUUUUCUUAUAAUUCUACUGCUGAUUUUGACAAGCAGCCCUCAAGUUUUUCAUUAAAUUACCCCUUGAAUGGACGGGAAGAAAGCGGGAUGGCUUCUGGUUCAAUGGAUAGGGAGAAAGUUGAAAUGAAAAACACAUUUGGUGGUUCUACUAGUCAAAAACUGUACUCUUCAUAUUCCCAAAGUACUGUUGAUGCAGAAGAGAGAGUGCAAAAGGUUUCACCACCUCGUAGAAAAGUUUCUAGAGAGGAAAAAACAGAGAAGCUGGGAAAUUGGCUGAAAAAAGAUAGCGUUGGUUCUGAUCAAUCCAAACAGCAUAAUGUGAACAAUUCAACAACAAAUAAUGCUGGAUUUAGGCAAUAUGAGCCUGAACCUCCUCGUGAUGGGAAUAUCAAUGCAAUACUAGAGGAGGAAGAGGCCUUGAUUGCUGCUCAUAGAAAAGAAAUUGAAGAUACAAUGGAGAUUGUCCGAGAAGAAAUGAAGCUGUUGGCAGAAGUGGACCAACCAGGCAGCCUCAUUGACAAUUAUGUGACACAGUUGAGCUUUGUGCUCUCACGGAAGGCCGCAGGUCUGGUCAGCCUUCAGGCUCGGCUAGCCAGGUUCCAGCAUCGGCUAAAAGAACAGGAGAUACUUAGUCGGAAGAGGGUACCGCGUUAACCUGUCGCACUUCUUCACUCUCUUUUUUAACAAGAUCACCAUUUCCUGUCUUGUAAUUUCAUGUUUCUCUCAUGUAUCCCGUCACAAACAAGGGUUUCAGUAAUGUAUGCUACUCUACCCUUUUCUAUACAGAUGCAUAUUUGAACCGGAUGUGAUUUUUGCGAGUUUUAACUAAUUUUUGGUCUUUCUAAGCAGGGAGCAUUGUUAAAACGUAUGUAAAAGACAUUUUGGUGUAAAGCACAAUUAUGUGUGGAGGAUGAUGAUGACACUGCAGCUGGGUUCUGCGAAAACAAAAUGCAGUGAGAAACGAUCACCUUUGUUGUUAGUAUGGUUUGUCCUGUAAACUGUAUUGGUCAGGAUGAGCCUUUGUGUUGCCAGGGUUUUCUGGGUUUGUGGACUACGCUGUUUCCCGAGCCUGGCUGGAAAAUGAUUUCAGAUGAUUUCCAUUUUGGAAAGGAAAAAAAUGAAGUACAUAUUUCCAUUGUUCUGUUGAUUUUUACGACUAUGAUAAAAUAAUUUGGAGAAGUGGUGGAUAAUUUUUAGUAACAUAGUUUCUAAA